GCUGCCCUCUUGCUCUCUGUGGCCUAGUUUUCGGACGCGAAGCGAGAGGGCGAGGGGGGAGAGUGGGAGAGAGGGAGAGAGUUCCACGGCUCUCUCCUUUGCUCCUCUCGUCGUGUUCUGUUGCUUCUUGGGGAGAAGGCGUGGGAGAAAACGAGGUAUUUUCCCCUUGCUUUGCCUGGAUUCCUUUGCUUCUUCUUGGAAGGAAAGAAUAGGGAAAGUUUUUGGGUGGAUUCCGGUUCUCCGGGGCGCCGUUGGACACGGGUCUCCGUUGAGGUCCUUUCCUCUUGGCCGAUGGCGGUGGGUACUGCUUUUGAUCAGUGGAAGAAAGAUGUAUUCUUUUCAGCUGCGGAGGUGGUCCAGGAAUCGGCGGACAUAUUGGAAUCUAUGUAUAGGAUGUGGAUUAGAGACCGUAGCGAUGGAUUGAAUUCUGAAAUGUCUGAUGAAUUACGGAGGGAGCUCCAUACUGCUUUAGGCACUGCAAAGUGGCAGUUGGAAGAAUUUGAGAGAGCUGUUAACUUGAGUCAUGACAAUUGUUCAUCAGGAGAGAAUAUUGUCACUAGGCGCCGGCAGUUCAUAGCUGCAAUAGAAAACCAAAUUUUUCAUAUAGAACAGGCAUUGAAUUCUACACUUCUUGAAGAAGGGAAGCAACCACCUCGUUGGGUGCAGUUAAAUGAGGAAGAACGAGAUGAUCUUGCUGUUUUUCUUUCUGCGGCACCAGAAAUUUUGCAAGAGACAACAAACAAAAAUGUUGCUAAUAAAGGUUCAUGUGAGUUAAGAACUAUGUCCGAUUCUGCAAGAGGUUUUAAGGAUACGGUAACAACAAAUAAGGAUGCGAGGUAUGCAGUGGAAGUGGCAGCAAAAGUAAGUCCCAAAUGCAAAGAUGAUGUUUGCUUUCAAGGAGAGCAGGUGAACGGGCAGAGGAGAACAUUAAGUUCAGCAGAUAUGGGUGCUUGGAAGAUUGUGGUAGCUGAUGAGGAGGAUACAAGUGGAAAAUUGGUGGAGGUGAGGCCAGAAACACCAGAUCGUGCAUCUGGUUUGUUUGGCUUCCUAAGAAGUGCUGAAUCAACAACAAAAUUAAGGUGCUUUAGGAACAGCUUCUGGAAGGCUAAGAGUGAGAAGCAUCUUCAGUUGAGACAAGGAUUAUCAAAUUACCUCAACUUUAGGGGUAUAACCCGGUUUGCGCAGAGAAUUAAUGGGGUGACUGAAAGAAGCAGGUGCUGUUUUAGUAGUUGGAAAGAUGACUCUAAAGCUUCCAGUGUUUGGCUACAUGCUGGAAGGGUGAACGGGCUCCAACGACAUAUCCAAGGAACACAGUAUCACCUGAGUUCUCUCCGAAUCACUUUCUUGCUGGUGCUGAGUAUUGUUUUAAUUGUACCAUUCAUUCUCUACUCAACUUGAAGGAUCUUUUCUGUGCUGCUGGCUGAAGUGGGAGGUACUUCUCCAGUCCUCUGACUGUUACCUAUAUUAUACGGCAAGUUCAAUUGUCAUAUUAGCCAACCAUUUUCCUGGUUAGCAAAAGAUGCAAGUUCAAAGAUGGAUGUAUCUUUAUUUAGCCUUAAAUCAUCCAAAUACAAUAUUCAUGUAAGGUUUUAGAUAUUGGUAUCGUUUCCAUUGGAAUAGUAUGGAUCAGUGUGGUGCCGGUAUUGAUUGUACAUACAAAUAUUGAAAAUAUUAAGAAGAAUGACAAAAAACUGUUGGUACCAAUCGGAUACGGUACGACUCCAUCAGUAUGCACUGGUAUGGACUGGUGUGGCCGGUGCAUAUCGGUAUUGAUGGUUUUCAGCAUCCUGGCACCUUUAUCAAUGAUGGUUUCAUAUCAAAAUGGCAUGAUACCAACAGUAUCAUCCUUUUCGGACAGUUUUCUUAUUUCUUUUGGGAGAUCUUUACUUCUCUUGUAGAUGUCAUGGAGAGCCUCAUAUAUCAACUUUAUAUUAUUUUUCAAAUGGUUCAUCUUGUAAGAUGCA